CUGAUGUCACUGCGCGGCCGCCGCCAGCGCCCGGGAGCGCCUCUGAGGCCCGAGCGCAGGCCCCACGAAGCUCGCCAGCCUGGACACUCCUGAGUGCCGCCAUGGAGGGCCUGGACCCCGGGAGCCCCCGCACCUCUCCGUCCUCGUGCCCCCGCGGCCUGGACGUGCGGCGGCUGUCCACGCGCGCCGACUCGGCCUACAGCUCCUUCUCGGCGGACCCCGGUGGGCCCGAGCCUCUCCUGCCGUUGCCGGGCUCCCACCCCCUCCCCGGCCUCGCCUGGGACCACAAGGAGUCCCCACCCCAGGGGCCCGGGGCCCCAGGGUCUCUGAGCAGACAGGCCACCCCACUGCUGUUCGCACUGGCGGCCGAGGCGGCGGCGGCGGCAGCGGCGCGGGCGGCUGAGCCCCCCAGUCUCCCCGAGCCCCCCAGUCCCCCCGCUGCGCGGGCCGCAUACCGCCUGCGGCUUCAGGGUGCACAGAGACGGGUGCUGCGGGCCACGUCCUUCCAGCGCAAGGAGCUCCGCAUGAGCCUGCCUGCCCGCCCGCGCACUGCGCUCAGCCACCCAGGCGAGGACGUGGAGCCGCCACGCGGGACACUCACCCCGGGGCUCACUGGCUCGGGGCGCCAGACCAACCUGCCGAGGAAAUGGCGCUUCUCCGACCCCCAGCCAGAGCCCGAGUUGCAGCCGGGGGAACCGGGUCGAGUCCCGCCGGGCGACCCGAGGAUGCUCGCCAGGCCCAAACCCCAACUAUUGCAGCCGCGGGUGCUAGCAAAGCUUGGAGGUCACGGGAUCAGGGAGCCGCCAGAGGACCCCCGACGCCCCGAGGCUCCAGAACCCGGCUCUCUGAAGCCCGCCCAUGCCUACAGGUCUUCCAGUGGCCCUCGGAGCGCUUCCUGCGAAGUGAUGCCCUCUGUCCAGGCUACUCCACAAGGAGCAGAACCUUCCAGACCAGUAUUUCAUGCCAAACUUUCCAGUAUCCGUGCCUCUGACCAGCUGCUUGGAGUUGCCUUGGACCAAAGAGAUGACCAGGCUCCAGUGUCCCCAGAGCGUUCCCUCCCUAAGUGCCUGGAAACCUCAGUGGCAUGUGACUGCAGGCUGGAGUUGAGCAGUCCUGGGGCUGCCAGACCUGCAUGUCGUAGCCCCUCUGUAAUGGUGAAUGGUGACAGCCCUCCCACUGACCACAUCGGCCCGCUGGCCACUGGCUUCCCCAAGGCUGUAGAGUGUGACCCCCUCAAAGAUAGCCCAGAUGAUGCACUGGGGACUCAGGGCAGUGGUGCUCCAGGACUACAUGAUCACAUUGCCCCAGGUUGGGGCAUGGCUCAGCCAGGUUCCGGUGCCCGCCUGGAGGAGCUUAUUCAGGAGCUGGCAAGACUGGACCCCUCCCUUAGCGACACUCUGGACUCCCUGCCCAGCCCACCUGCUAUACCCCUGACCGUGCUUCAUGGACUUGUUCCCAUAGCUGAAGUCUGGGCUGCAAUGCGGCCAUCCAGCGGGGAGGCUGGAGAGGGGCCUACUGCUUCGGAGGCAGGGUCCUAUCUAUUUAGCUCCACCUCGCUCCUGUCAACUUCUCAGGAGGAGACAAGGCCAGUAAGUCUAACCACCCAGCCUGUGCCUGACCAGUCCUGUGGCCAGGGUUUCCCUGAGCCCAAACACCUCAUCCAGGCCAAGAAAGUGGAACUGGCCGAGCUCCUCCAAAAGAUGCUGGGAGACCUGGAGGCCGAGCGCGAGCAGCUGCAGAGGGCGGCGCAGGCGUGGGCCAGGCGCAGGGCUGCGCUGGAGGACGCCAUAGGCCAGGCCUGUGCACCCCGCGAGCUCGAGCGCUUCCGCCGCUUCCUGAGCGACCUGGAGCGCGUGCUGGGCCUGCUGCUGCUGCUGGGCAGUCGCCUGAGCCGCGUGCACCGUGCGCUGGCCCGCCUAGGCGCGGAUGGCGACGUCGAAGAGCUGGCCUCUCUGCGGCAGCGGCUCGGGCUCCUGCAGCGGCAGCAGGAGGACGCGCGGGAGCUGCGGGAGCACGUGGCACGGCGAGAGCAGACACUGCAUGAGGUGCUGGCGCGCGCGCUGCCUGCACAGGAACUGCGCUCCUACCGCGCCCUGCUGGCUGGCAAGGCCGCGGUCCUGGCCCAGCAGCGAGGCCUGGACGAGUGGGCGCGGCUCCUUCAGGAGCAGCUGGACGCCGUGAGGAGCGCCCUGGGCCAAAGCCCCCUGGCGCCCGGGCCCCGUCCUGGCACUGCAUCACCCCUCCCACCUUCUCUCUGCUAGGGCGAUGGCUAUGGGACUCCUCUCCCAAAGAACUGGGGGUGACACUGGUUUUAUCUGUGCUUUCCCCCUCUUGGGCGUGGGGAAGACCUACGCCGGCCAUUCCCAGGACACCUCCUCUGAAUGUGCCAAAGUGGCCUUACCCAGGGCUUGAGAAUUAUUUGUUCAUUAAUUGGUGAAUGCGAUAAACUGCAUCACCACAAGCUACCAUGAGGCUGUUUGGAAGAAGUCAGGGCAAAGGAAAGUUUCAAUUUAAGGUGCAGAACAGACUUUCUGUUGAUCUGUUUUCAAUAAAAAUGUA